CUCUUCUCUAUCAUUUUUCAAGAUGGUUAACGUCCCCAAGACCAGAAACACCUACUGCAAGGGCAAGACCUGCAAGAAGCACACUGCCCACAAGGUCUCGCAGUACAAGACCGGCAAGGCUUCGCUCUUCGCUCAGGGAAAGCGUCGUUACGAUAGAAAGCAGUCCGGUUAUGGUGGUCAGACCAAGCCCGUCUUCCACAAGAAGGCCAAGACCACCAAGAAGGUUGUCCUUCGUUUGGAGUGCCAGGUCUGCAAGUACAAGCACCAGAUCGCCUUGAAGCGCUGCAAGCACUUCGAGCUUGGUGGUGACAAGAAGCAGAAGGGCCAGGCUCUUACUUUCUAAAUUAUCGAAAGUAUCAUCGCUCCUGUGUGCAUUCUGUAUUUUAUCUCGCAAUAAAACCUGGAUUGACACCGCUUA